AUGGAGAAAUCUAAGAACUUUAGAAUCGAUGCCCUGCUGGCGGACGAACCUCAUCGAGGGACUCGGGAUGUCUCUCCUGGACUGAGUAGUGAUAGUCCCGCCGGCAGCCCGGUGUCUUGCCGGCGCGCAGAGACUCCUUCUCCCCGAGGGACAACGGGAGCUCUCCAGCUCCAGACUGGAAUCAUACCCAAACCUGGUCUGCUGAACCUCCCGCACCCAGGACUCGCUUCGCUGCCACAGGGGACGAUCCACGGCAUGUAUCCGGCAUCCAUGUAUCCAAUCUCCGCCCUGGGUGGCCAGCAUCCCGCCUUCUCCUACUCCGGCUUCACCCAGCUGAAUCCAACAUACCCAGAGCACCUCAAAGCCGCAGCCAUGGCUGGGUCCUUCCCGUUGGAGCACUGGAUCCGGGCCGGGAUCAUGGUGCCACGCCUUCCAGACUACAGCACCUCCCCACAGUCGGGGCUGAUGGGGAAAUGCAGGAGGCCUCGAACUGCCUUCACCAGUCAACAGCUCCUGGAGUUGGAGAACCAGUUUAAACUCAACAAGUACCUGUCCCGCCCCAAACGCUUUGAGGUUGCUACUUCCCUGAUGCUGACAGAGACACAGGUGAAGAUCUGGUUCCAGAACAGGAGGAUGAAGUGGAAACGCAGCCGGAAGGCGAAGGAGCAGGCCUCCCAGGGAGACGGGGAGAGGCAGAGGGGGGGCAAGACGGCCAACAAGUCGGGCAACUCCAGAAGGGUGGAGCCUGACGAGGACGACCUGGAGGAAGAGGAGGGGGAGGAGGAAGAGGACGUUGGGCGGGAGUUUGCAGUCUCCACUGGGGGCAAUGUGGGCCUGGCACGCCCCUCAGAUUUCCUGCAGCACGUGGCAGAGCUGAACUACAGCCCCCACAGUCCCUACUCUGAGGACGAGCUGGAGGAGGCAGGGGGCGACAGGAAGAUUGGGGCAGGGUUGUGA